AUGGUGAGCUUGCUGACAAGACGACUGCUUAGGGAAUGGAAAAAUUUGACUCGUUAUAGUGCACAUUUUGCCGAUAGAAGGAAUGUUUUAUUCCAUUUGAAACCUCAGGAUUCGAAUUUGCAUAUUUGGCAUUUGGUUUUGUAUGAUCCCACAACGUCUGUCGAGCUUUAUCUGAAAUUGCUCAUUGGGUCUGAAGAGGAACCGGCGAUUAUUUUGAAAUGUCUGACCCCGAACGAAUUAUACCCGACAAAUAGGAAUAUCUCAUUGACACAUCUGAACUGCUUAUUGAUAUAUCGUGGCUUAACGCCCUUUUUGCAACAUAUUUGGAGACAUUUCUUUGAGAAAAGUGCGGUUGAAGUGAGCUCUGAGAAGUCUAGGUUGACAAUAGCAUGGAACAGAAUUAUUUGUAAGAAUUUCAAGAACCUGUUCCCCGAGCUUUUGGGGACUCUUGCUCCAGGAGAUUACCAGUUGGUCAAGGAUCACUACCGCAAUACUGUCAAUAGUCAAGUUGAAUCGGUUACUAAUACCGGCAGGGAUAAAGUUGAAGAGAGUUGCACAACAAAUAACCUCAUCGCGUGCGAUGGGGAAUUGCAUAACAGGGGACCUGUGCUUAAACGAAGGCAGGAUACAUCCGAUUCAAAUGAUUUGGAACCAAGUGGAAAAAGGUUUAGGAGAUGA